GGGGGUGUCCCUCCCGCCGCCACCGUCCGCGCGCCACUCCCGGGACAGACACUGUGCGUCGCGGGGCGCACCAUGGCGCGCCGGGCGGCCCUCGCGCUGCUGCUGUUCGGCCUGCUUGGCACCCAGGUGCCCACCCGGGGCCAAGAUUUUGAUUUAUCGCAUGCCCUUGAUGACAAGAAACCCACUCCGGUCCCACCGAAAAAAGCCACCGAUGAUAACUUGAAUUUAGAAGAUGCCCUUGGUGGAGGGAACAAUGACCCAGUGACACCCGAAGCACCCAAACCAAAACCUAAUCCAAACCCCAAGCAGCCCGGCUCUUCUGAUGGCUUUUCGGAUUCGGACCUUACUGAUGGGACUUCAGAUGGAGGAGGUGGUGAUGGCGGCAACCAGAGGCCUGGAGGGGCGGAGCAGGCCGACUCCCCGGGGGUGGUCCCUGGGAUCAUCGGUGCCGUCGCAGUGGCCGUGGCCGGGGCCAUCUCCAGCUUCAUCGCCUACCAGAAGAAGAAACUCUGCUUCAGAGAGAACGCUGACCAAGGCGAGAUGAACAUGGAGAACCAUCAGGGCACCAACGCCGAGCCACCCGAAUCCUCCCAACCUGGUGGAGAAUUGGACCAAGAACAGGAGGUGGUGCAAAUUAUGGAAACUUCUCAGGGCCAGAGGUGGGACGUUCAGUGAUUAGAACCACUUCUGAAAACGGCAGGAAAACACAAAUUAUGUGUCUAUACACCUGUGUGUGUUUCUUUCUUUCAUUGGUGUAUAUAUGUGGAGACCCACUCCUUUGCCCAAGAAAGGCAACAUUUAUUGCAUAGGAUGCCUGUGGAAUUGACAUAAGUUUGGGUUUUUUUUUUUUAAACGUUUUUGGCCACACCCCACGGCAUGCGGGAUCUUAGUUCCCCAACCAGGAAUUUUGAACCCAUGCCUUCUGCGUUAUAAGGCAGAGUCUUAACCACUGGACCACCGGGGAAGUCCCGAGAUAAGUUUUUAGUGAAAAGUUAACAUAGUUUUAAUUCUAAAAAUACGGACUUUUAGAAAGUGUCUAGCUCGUUGCUCUUUCAAAUAAGGGAAGAAGGAUGUGUAACAUGAGCUAUCCUUUUUUAAGGACAAGAAAAUGCGAAAGAGACCUCCAAAACAGAAAUGAACUGAUCCGAAAAUCUUAGCCCUGCAUUGUUGUAAAUGAACCAACGCCGUGGCCCCUCAUUUACAGAAUUAUUUAUUCUGAAAUUUGUAGUUUACAGACAUUUCUUACCGUCUCAGAGAAGUCGCUAGUAGAGAAUGCCUCUUCUUAGUUUCUUUCUACUUUUCCCGAAGUGUCCGUUUUUUACGAGUGACCGUUGCAUCGUAGUAUGAAAUGUACUGAAUUGUUUUUUCUAACCAGUUAGAUUUAGUUUUUGCUUUCUGUCCGCAGUGAGUUUUGAGCACACUUCUAUCUUCUGUAGAAAUAGAGUCACCCGCUUCUGGAAUUUUCCACCUGCAGGUACUCGCGUGCUUGUCGGGGCCGCUGGGGGUGCCUUGUAAAAUCUGUUCUUGUGU